CAGCUAAAAGGGCUGCAAUAAUUGAGCGUCUAGAGGGAAGCACAAAAAGUCGAACUGACACUGACAGAGCUCGAUAUAGUACGACGCCGGGAGAGAAGACAAAACCCCGAAAAAAACGUCGAGGCGAGAGCGGUAUCUAUGAGAGUUUGGAAAAUCUUCAUGUGAAAGCUUCAAAACAGGCGACAAUAAAAGAAGCCAGUCCUCCUGCGACACUCGGACGUAAAACGUACAAGGACAUCAGCGAGAGACCUCCGUUUCCUCUGCCUACACAGAGCAAUGAUGAUCACAUUUACGAAGAUGACAACAUCUCACUGAAAGCGUUUCCCACGCCAUCAUCAAUUGAAAAUGUACCCCGCCAUCAUGGAACUGUACCACGAAACACAAAAGCAUCGAGGAAUCGAGUGGCACCACCGAAACCAGGAAAAUCGGGUCAAUUGCAGAAACAGACUAAAAAUCAUCCAAAUUUGAUUAACAGACCACGACCGAAAGAUCCAGAAUCAGAUCAAGAAUCUGACGAAUACGACUAUCCCGACAACAUGGAGUUCAAAUCGCCAAAAGUCGACUUGUUUAACCCUACACCACGUUCUCCAAUCAAAUGUCCGCCACCAUUGAAAAAACAGGCAUCUCGCCCCUCAAACGCCAGUGCACGACCUAUUCCGCCCACUAAACCAGCUGGGCUUUUCACACCUGGUGGAGUGCCCGUAAUGAAUGAAUUGGACAGUGUACUGAAAAAGCAACGUAGUAAGGCAGCAGUGCCAAAUCAACGACCUCCACGUAACCAAAAACCAGGCAACCUAAAGCCAAAACAUCCACUUCCGGUUUCACUAAGUAAAGUGCAACAGAUGAAUAUGAAUCAGUUGAAGUCUCCAGUCCUGGCGAAUAAGCCUUUGCCACCACAACCAAAGGAUAUUGAGCCACCCAACCCGGUGUGGAGACCAGCGCCAGCAGCCCCAUUCCAGAAGCCACUCAUGCCAGCACCUGAAGCAGAGGAAACGUACGAAGCUGUAAACACAGGUGACUCCGACGACGAAGAUUGGACAUACGAACCAUUACCUUCCUACAAUAUUUAUAAUAUUUAGUUUUUAUGUUUUAUUUUAAUCAAUGUUUAAUCAUUAAGAAAAAAAUACGUGUCAUAUAAGUGUAGGUCUACAAAAAAGUAGUCAAUUUUGUAUUAUUUAAAAUCCCAUUAUAAUGAUGAUAUAUCACUAUGUAUUUACACCUUAGGCGCUGCGCAGAUGGAACAUUGAUCAUCGAGUUUCGGCAACUGACAACCCGCAACUAACUGUUUAUGACGUUUUCAUAUAAUGUCAAGAAACCGCGCAGACGUAGCAACUUCUGCUGAGAAUUUCCGCAAUCGACUACAGUUUUCGAUUGCCGAAAUCCGUGAUUAAAUAAAUUCUUUAUUGCCGCAACUAGAAACUUGCAAAUUUGUACCGGUUGUCUCCAGUUGCCAGUUUCAGCAAACGGCAACCGCAACUCCCGAAGCAAUUUCAUUCCCUCCCCGUCCCCCCGCAGCGUCAGUCUUGACUGUGAAUUUCGAAAGUUUAUUUAAAAUUACGGCAACCGGCAACCGUUAAUGGAAACUUGUAAAAAGUUGCCAGUUGCGUCAACGAACGUUGCUCCAUCUGCGGAGCGCCUUACUCACGCACAUGAAGGACAGAGUUCAUUCUCUAAUAAUGUGGAACGAGAACCGUGUUUCUAGACUUUGCUACACAAUGUCGAAACACGUAUGUUCGCACAAAGCUUUAUUUUUCGGACACGGUUGAUCGAAUAGUCAUAUAAUCGAAUGUUCAAUUAAAUCGAAUGCUCGUUAGGUCGAAGUUCAUGUGACGCGAAUGUUUAUUAGGUCAAUAUUGGUGCAAAAUUUCAAUUUGUAUUAAAUGUAGUGUUUAGUUUGUGUAUAUAAGUACGUAGUACAAUCAAGGGCCUAUCAAAGUUGUCAAGGGACUUUGGACCGUUCUUAUCUUAGACGACAGAGUUGAAUUUUAGGGCGGCUUCAAAUUAGACGUUUCUAGAAGCACUGCAGGGACGCGGCAUCCGCGCGUCUUCACUGCUGUCAUUUUUAGUUCACUAAUUGUGACUGCAAAAGUAGCGCACACGCAUGACCGUGGCGCUGCAAUUGCGCUUCUAAAUAAUCUCAGUACAGCGUACUAAAAAAACUGACCUCAAAAGUACGUGGAAUUACAUCUAUUU